GAGAAAGCAAAGCAAUCAAUCAAUGACAAUCCUGAGCUGUAGAAAGAAAUUGAAUAGAAGAAAAAAAGAGUGGUAGUGUAUGCAUGUGAGGUAUAUUAGCAACAACAACAAACAAUAAUAAUAAUAAUAAUGUGAGAAAAAUAAGAGUAAGGAGUGGACUUGGAGAUGAGUAACCACAGCCAUACAAAUAUAUGAGAAGCUAUCCAUAAUCUAAUCCCUUCUUCCUUUCAUUUCAGUCACACCCCUUCUUCUCUUUCUCUCUUUUCUCUUCUAAAUAAUAUUCAAUAUAUAUAUCAAAAACCCAACCUUACAAAUUUUCUGAGCUCAAAAAAUACCCAUAUCAACACAACCAACCAUGGCUUCGGCUAUUCUUUCUGUGGCCAAACCAUCUCUUCAGGCCAGUGGAAAGGGAUUGUCAGAAUUUUCUGGACUUAGAAGCUCAAAUGGUUCCAUUCCAUUUUCUAGGAAGACUACCUCUGAUGACUUUGUUUCUUUCAUCUCUUUCCAGACCUCUGCUGUUGGAAGCAGUGGAGGAUAUAGAAAAGGUGUGGUGGAGGCUAAGCUAAAGGUGGCCAUAAAUGGAUUUGGACGAAUUGGAAGGAACUUCUUGAGGUGUUGGCAUGGCCGAAAGGACUCGCCUUUAGAUGUCAUCGCCAUCAAUGACACCGGUGGUGUCAAGCAAGCUUCUCACCUUCUUAAGUACGACUCGACACUAGGCAUCUUCGAUGCAGAUGUCAAGCCUGUUGGUGAUGAUGGAAUCUCUGUUGAUGGCAAGGUCAUCAAGGUUGUCUCCAACAGAAACCCCUCCCUUCUUCCAUGGAAGGAGUUGGGGAUUGACCUUGUCAUAGAAGGCACAGGUGUGUUUGUGGACAGAGAUGGUGCAGGCAAGCACAUUGAGGCAGGAGCCAAGAAGGUGCUCAUUACUGCCCCGGGAAAGGGUGACAUUCCCACCUACGUGGUGGGAGUGAACGCCGAUGGCUACAGCCACGAUGAGCCAAUCAUCAGUAAUGCCUCUUGCACCACCAACUGCCUUGCCCCCUUUGUGAAGGUUAUUGAUGAGAAAUUCGGCAUCAUCAAAGGCACCAUGACCACAACUCACUCCUACACCGGUGACCAAAGGUUGCUCGAUGCCAGCCACCGUGAUCUUCGUCGUGCUCGUGCUGCUGCACUCAACAUUGUUCCAACUUCAACUGGUGCAGCCAAGGCUGUUUCCCUUGUCCUCCCUUCACUCAAAGGCAAACUCAAUGGAAUUGCUCUUCGAGUCCCCACACCUAAUGUCUCAGUCGUCGACCUUGUUGUUCAAGUCUCUAAAAAGACUUUUGCUGAGGAGGUUAAUGCUGCUUUCAGAGAAAGUGCUGAUAAGGAACUCAAUGGCAUUCUCUCUGUCUGUGAUGAGCCUCUUGUCUCCGUCGAUUUCAGAUGCACCGAUGUAUCAUCCACCGUCGAUUCUUCGUUGACAAUGGUUAUGGGAGAUGACAUGGUUAAGGUCAUUGCUUGGUAUGAUAAUGAGUGGGGUUACUCACAGAGGGUUGUGGAUCUGGCUGACAUUGUAGCCAAUCAGUGGAAAUGAGAUUCCCAAUCCAAUCAUUUUAAUAAGAUUUUUUCCCUGCCUUAAAUAUUAUUCACCAACUGUUUUUUUCCUUCUUUUUUCCUUUUUCUAUUAUUCCUGUCUAAAAAUUUGUAAUGAGAACUUUGAACCGAUUUCCCUGGCUUGUCAUUACUCAAUAACAGCUUUCCUUUCAAUCAA